AUGCCGUCGAUUACCCGCUACCUGCUCCUCCCUUUCCUCUGCGUCUCUCCCAUCCUCGCCGCCUUUCAACCCGAUUAUCAACGUAUAUUCGGCGAACCUUGCGCGACCCACGUGCAGGCAACACACAACAUCAUCGCCCCGAUCGCCAGCGACCUCGUCAAAAAGGUCUGCAACCAGUGUGGCCCCGAGCGCAUCAACUACGAAUUGCUUCAAAAAUCCGAGAACCACAACUACAACUGGGCCAUCCUACAGCUGAAAGGCGUGGGCUUCGAGUUGCGCGAGUCCUACGUGCCGGAGAAACUCUUCAACCUCGUCUGGGAUUUUUGUAUCAAGAAGAAAUGGGCGUCCAAGUCGCUGUGCGAUGAUGACUUCACCGAGUUUCGCGACUGCGUGCUGCACACGGGAGUGAACGAGAUGGUCGGUCCCUUCAAGGCGUAUAAUGAUCUGGUGCAGCGCCGGUGUCAUAAGAUGCCGGCUGCUGCUGCCAGGAUGGUUCCCCUGGUGAAGGAAGAGGUGAAUAGGUUUAUGGAGAGUGUGUGUCCGAAUGACCCGCAGGCUCGGGAUGAGAGUGUUUUGCAUGAGCUGUAG